AGGGGGUGAAAUUUCUCGAAGGUGCGGCCGGGCCGGGCCGGGGCUGAACCUGGGGCUGGGGCUGAGCCUGAGGCUGAGCGGGGCCGGGCCGGGCGCUGAACGGGCCCGCGACGGCGGAUGGUGACGGCCCCCAGCGCUGCCAGCUGCACCGUCGCCAUGAACCAUAAGAGCAAGAAGCGGAUCCGCGAGGCGAAGCGCAGCGCCCGGCCCGAGCUGAAGGACUCACUGGACUGGACCCGCCACAAUUACUGCGAGACUUUCCCCCUCAGCCCCGCUGCCUGCAAGGAUAACGUGGAGAGGGCAGAUGCUCUGCAGUUAACAGUGGAGGAAUUUGUUGAGCGAUAUGAAAAGCCUUACAAGCCUGUAGUGUUGCUGAAUGCUCAGGUGGGCUGGUCUGCCCAGGAGAAGUGGACUCUGGAACGGCUCAAACGCAAGUACAGGAACCAGAAGUUCAAAUGUGGGGAGGACAAUGACGGUUACUCUGUGAAGAUGAAGAUGAAAUACUACAUAGAGUACAUGGAAACCACACGUGAUGACAGCCCCCUCUACAUCUUUGACAGCAGUUAUGGAGAGCACCCCAAGAGAAGGAAACUCCUGGAGGACUACAAAGUGCCCAAAUUCUUCACUGAUGAUCUCUUCCAGUAUGCAGGGGAGAAACGAAGGCCGCCUUACAGAUGGUUUGUGAUGGGUCCACCUCGUUCUGGAACAGGAAUUCACAUCGAUCCCUUGGGAACUAGUGCAUGGAAUGCCUUAGUCCAGGGCCAUAAGCGUUGGUGCCUGUUCCCCACCAGCACUCCCAGAGAGCUGAUCAAAGUGACCCGAGAAGAGGGAGGGAACCAGCAGGAUGAGGCCAUCACCUGGUUCAAUGUCAUCUAUCCUCGGACACAGCUCCCCACCUGGCCCCCUGAGUUCAAACCCCUGGAGAUCCUGCAGAAGCCAGGCGAGACAGUCUUUGUGCCAGGUGGCUGGUGGCAUGUAGUUCUCAAUCUUGACACAACUAUUGCCAUCACACAGAACUUUGCCAGCUGUACCAACUUCCCUGUGGUGUGGCACAAGACGGUGAGGGGGAGACCCAAACUGUCACGGAAAUGGUACAGGAUCCUAAAGCAGGAACAUCCUGACCUGGCAGCCUUGGCUGAUUCAGUUGACCUGCAGGAAUCUACUGGUAUUGCUUCCGAUAGCUCCAGCGAUUCUUCCAGUUCCUCAAGUUCCAGCUCCUCAGACUCUGAUUCAGAGUGUGACUCUGGCUCUGAGACAGAGGGGAUGAUGCACAGGAGGAAGAAGAGGAGAACCUGCAGCAUGAUGGGGAACGGUGACACCACUUCCCAGGACGACUGUGUGAGCAAAGAGCGCAGCUCCUCCAGGAUUAGGGAAUCUUGUGGAGGCCGAAGCUACCCCUGAGGGAUAACGCCACCCGCCUGAGGCAGCUGCCCGUCCCAGCUCCCUCAGCAGCCAGCCAGCAAUCUUCUACCCCCUUCUGCUUCUGUUUCUCACCACCCUGAAGUUUUUCUCACUCUUCCUGGCUCCAGAAGUCCAUCUUUUAUGUGCUGUCCAAGGUUGGCUCCUUCAUAACCCGUAGGGGAAGGCCCCGACUCCACGUCCUCGUGCAAUGCUCUGUCCCCCCACACCCUGGUGAGUGCACUAAGGACCCAGCUCUGGGGAAGGACAUGCCAAGGAUUUAAUGGUUUAAGGAAGAAGAUGGUCAGUUUUUAAAGAACUCUUUUUAAAACCAGCAGGGAAAUGUCAAAACCUGCCUUGCUUUGACACUGUCAUAUGUUUACAUGUUGUCCUGUACACUUGAGGAAAGGAACACCAGCCCUUCUGGCCUAUCUGAAUGUCUGGCAGAUGUCACACCACAUGUCAGGAGGUGAAGGUAGUGUGAAUGCUCCAGAUACUGAAGCAACUUCAGCAGAGGUGACCAUCCACAUGAAGCAUCUUUUGUGCUCUUCAUCUACAGGCAUACACUGAAGAUGCAACACCUUAACCAGCAUCAGCCCAUUUGCUUUUGCUCCAUGUCUGUCAGGACGACUGAUAACAAAGAUGCACUAGCACCUUGUGAUAGGAAACUUGAUGGAGCAGGAGAAUCCUGGAGUUUCUUGCACAGCAGAAACUGGGGGGGAUAAAGUCAGCAUCUGCCAGUAAUUCCAGCCCUUUGGGUGCAGGUGUGAUGGUGAGCACUAGGCAAAAACUCACACAAUAACAACGGUUGCUGGGCUUUAAAUACCAGGCAGUGACAGGCCCAUGGGCUCCUUCAGGCCAGUGCAGUUCUCAUACCAACCUGGCUUUUCUCUGAGUGUUCAGCUGUUUCUGAAACUUGUGGUGCCAAUUUUAAAGGGCUGGGAGGGGGGACAUGUUGUUGUCUUAUGCUUUUUAAAAAUGCAGUGUGUUGCUUAAGUCUGUGUAGAUGCAUUUGUAUCCUGCUGGGUAAAGCUCUCAUCACCAAGGCAUCUGUUGGAGCUGCUGGGUGUUUUAGCAGGGGCUUGUGCUGGUGGUGUCAGCAAAGAGGUUGGUUUGGCUGAAGUUGUGCUGCAAGGCAGGGAUCCUCCAUCUCUGGCUGAAGCCCAGGCAGAAGCUGGUUGGGCUGGGGCACUCCUGGGCAUGUUUGGUUGCUCUCCUGACAACUGGGAGGUGGGUAUUAGAUCUCACCUCAGCCAUUUGUCUUUGGGAGAGGACACUUGAAAGCAUCAGUGCUGUGAUACAGGAGACAGACAAUAAUGUCCACACACUGGGAGCAGAGGUAAAAAGCAGAUUGGCAGCCUUAGCUGAGACUUUCUUACCCAGGUUAUCUUUGAUGGAACCCAGAACACUGCUUGUCUGGGUUUCCCAAUCCCUUUUUUAACCUCCUGGUUAAACACUCUCUCCCUUCAGGGAGACCAAAUCAUACCCUAUUGUCCAGGGAGUCCUGAGUAUGUUUGUCAGGAUCUCUGAGUCUUCCCUGCCAGCACUUUGUGUGGGAGCAGUGAGGUGGUGGAAAAUCAGAGAGGGCAGGGUUUUUGGUACACUCCUUAGCUGUCCACACUCCUGCAUUCCCUGUGAUGCCCAGCCAUAAGUGAGCACACUGGCUGUGUAGACCAGAGUCAGCCAGAAGAUUACUUCAGUUUUUAAAAACCCCACCUUCUCCAAGUGCUGGCUGUUGUGGCCAAGGGUUCCUGCCUGCCUGAGCAGCCUGGGAGCUGCAGCCUCUGCCUGCUGGAAGCAUGAGGAGCACGGAGAGGUGAAGGCUCAGGAGCCUCAGCUCUGUCCCAGUGAGGGAGGGCUGUCCCCUGUCCUGUGAGGUGGCCCCACAGCAGGUCUGUAGGGUGGCAUCUGCUGCAGCUGCAUUUGGCCUGUGGGGUUCAGUUUCACAGUCAUAAAAUGUUGUGUGGUGCACAAGCCCCGUUGCUGCCCAGGGAGAGCUGAGGGAAGGCCCAGAGGCAGAGGCCUGUGAACUCUGGAGUGAAAUAAAGCAGCCUGGGGUUGGAGCCUGUGGUCCUUGGGCAGCCCUUGCAGUGUAGUGGUGUGUGUGAGGUGAGCUGCAGGUGCUGGGACACCUCCCACGUGGCACUGUCUGACCUGGAACAAAAGAGUGUCUGUGCUGGUGCCCUGGGAAUCUGGUUCUGCUGCUUCCAGGCUCUUGCCACAGCUGAACGUGUGAGCUGUCGUUUCAGUGGCUGGGGCGAAUCCCUGCCUCACAGGGGUGUUGUGGGGCUGAAAGGGAACUGCUCUGGAAGAUGCUUUGAAGUUGUUCUCCCACAAAAAAGUGUUGUGGAGAUCCUGAGCAACCUGAGGCUUCCUUCUGAACCUGGUGUUAGCUUUUUGUAGCACAAAACAUUGGGGAUGUUGUUCUGCACUCUGGGCCACGUGGUGUUCUGGGGUGGCCCUGCCAGGGUCACUGUGUGGUACAGAAAGUGUAGCAGAACAAGGCUUUUUGUUUUCACCAGUUUCACAAGUUGGCAUUUCAUGGGCUGCUCUAAACAGCUGCUCCUGUUAGAUCAGGGUUCUUCAAAACAGGACUAGAUGAAAUGAUCUCAUCAGGGAGUCAGCCUCACUGGCCUUUCAGGGAAGAGCUGGUGCUGCCCAGGCCCUUGAUCCAGGCUGGGCAAAUGAGGAAGAGACUUCAAACCUGUGCUCCCCUUGUGCCUGGCUCCCCACCUGUGGGAUGCUGCCAGGAGGGUGAGCUUUGUGCUCUCACUUCUCUGGGCAUGUGCUGCUUGGGACAUCCAUGGCUGCUGCUCCAGCCACACUGCUCCUGUGUGCUGCAGAGCCCUGCCCGUGGGGCAGCCCCACGGUGCCCCUGGUUCCCCAGAGCAGCAGCUGCCCCAGCCCCAGGGGAGCUGCUGUGUGGGUUUGGGCCGUGUGGUGUUGGUGGCAUUGUCCUGCCUGUCCUGGGGAGGGAGCAAGGGACCUGUGAGCCCUGGCUGAGGCUGGUGAUGGCACAGACCUGCCUGCUGUGGCAGUUCAGGAGCCUGUUCUCAGCAGCAGCGCUGUGGGAGCGGCUGAGGCUGAGGCAGCACCUUCCUCCCCUUGCCAGCUCACAGGUGCUGGCUCCAGACUGUCUUAGUUCCAUUAAAGCCUCCCCAAAUAUUCUGAGAAGCAAAGACAGCAACCUCUCUAACAAUUAACCAAGCCUGUCUCCCUGAAGGCCUGGCCCAUGUGGGGCUGGGAGCGUGGCCACUGCCUGGGUCAGAGCCACGAGGCCUGGCUGGGCUGAGGGGGAGGGCAGGGCUCUGCAGCCCCUCCGGGGGGAGGAGGGAGCUCUGCCUCCUGUUCCACCGUCACACUGUCAGCUCCCAGCGCUGCCACUGCCUCUAGCUGCUUUUAUCAGCCCCUCCAGCAGAGCUGGGAUACUCUUAAUUGUCUUGUUUGGAUGAUUGUGGUUUUGCUUUUUAUUUUAAAUAAAAUGGAUUAUUUUGCAUUA